AUGGCGAGUCUUAAGAUUCAAUCAGCAGUGGUCGUGAAAGCUCAAGGCGAAGGACAAGUCGUGGACGACAUAUCUAUUCCUUCACCAGAAGUCGGUCAACUCCUAGUUCGAACACAUGCUGUCGGUCUCAACCCCUCCGAUUGGAUGGCCCUGGAUACCUACGGAAGACCAGGCGCCGGGCUGGGGUACGAUUUUUCCGGCGAGGUUGUCGAACUCGGAGAAGGAGUUCGCAAUGACUGGUCUAUCGGUGACCGUGUAGCUGGCUUCGUGCAUGCUUGUCAUGCAGCAAACUACAGCAUUGGUUCAUUUCGCCAAUAUCUGAAUGUAGACGAGAAACUCGUCAUACGCUUGCCGGAUUCAUUUUCAUCCAUGGAGGCCUCUACAAUCGGAAUGGGAAUCAGCACUGCGGCACAGGCCUUGUAUCAAGUUUUGAAACUCCCUUUGCCAGAGGUAAACCCGACACCGAUCAAUCAGACGAUUCUGAUAUACGGAGGAAGUUCUGCGACGGGGAACUUUGCAAUUCAAUUUGCAAAACUGUGGGUAUAA